AUGGGCUACUGGGGUCUGGGUGUCUCAGCGAAGUUUUUUGCGGUGGUCAUGGCGCUGUUCAGAGCGCCCUUGCCUGGGGCAGCGCAACCGGUGGUGGCGGCUCGGCAGGAGUUCGGCGAGCAUGUGCACGGUGCCAUUAUCACUUUUCGAGGUCCGGUCCGCGUAUUGCCCACUUUGCGUCUGCGGUCGCAGACGCCGCCACGCUUCAAGAGUGUCACCCGUCCCUGCGGCAAUGCGGAAGGGUCACCGUUUGUGACGCCGCGACGCGCCAAAGGCCAUGCUGCAGCGAGGGCUGCCAGCCUGGCUUCCCUGACCCCGAUGAAGGUGGUCAAGCCCGGACCGGCGGAAGCGCCUCCCUUGCCGAUGCUUCUGGGAGGGGAGGAUGCCUGCAAACUUGCAGUUCAGCCGUCCAAAGCUAAGGUUCCGGAGACCACAGCCAAUGAUGAGUAUGUGGCGGCCCUCAAACGUGAGUUCCAUGCAACCCUGGCACGCACCCUGGACAAGGCAUCAGAGGAGAAGGCCGAGCUGCAGCAGGAACUUGCAAGCGCAGCGGCGGCUUCUCAGGAGCACUUGCAGAAGCUGGUUGACACCCAGGCCGAAAUGUCGGAGCUCAAAGAAGCCGUCAUGAGGCUUGAGGCAGCUGCCAGGUGCUGGGAGGCGGAGAAGGCCGAGCUGCAGAAAGAACUCGUCAUCGCAGCAGCGGCUUCUCAGGAGUACUUGCAGAAGCUGGUCCUGAACCAGGCCGAAUUGACAGAGCUCAAAGAAGCGGUCAUGAGGCUCGAGGCACGGCAUCUGGACAAGACAGCCGCUGAAGAAAGCUGUUGGGCAGCCGAGAAGGCCGAGCUGCAGGGAGAUCUCGCAAGAGCAGCAGCAGCUGCUCAGGAGUAUUUGAAGGAGUUGGCUGGCAACCAGGCCGACAUUGCGGAGCUGAAAGAAGUCGUCUUGAGGCUUCAGGCAGGGUUUCAGGACAAGACAGCUCAAGAGAGCUGUUGGGCAGCCGAGAAGGCCCAGCUGCAGCAAGAUCUCGCAAGCGCAGCCGCAGCUUCCCAGGAGUGCUCACAGGAGUUGGCCCGCAACGAGGCCAAGGUGGCGGAGCUGCAAGAGGCAGUCGCCAGCCUUCAGGCCUAUGUGAAGGAGCAGGACGUCGCCCUGCUGAGCAUGCAUUACGAGCUCUACGAAUUCAAGGCGCAGGUCCACGGGGCGGCCAAGAAGGACUCCAACCGCGACGUGUGA